UCGUGGUUGUAUCAGGCGAACUGCGAGUCAAGUUCAGUAACGGAGCUGGAACAGGCCUAGAUAAUAUGUUAUUUUUUUGAAUAACUUGUAGUUCCCGUGAGUGCUAUGGCGUUUAACUGCAUUAGAUUUGACCGUCUUCUCUUUGGAGCACACACCGCGGUUGAGGCCUGCUCAAAGCGAACAGUUCAACGGUCAUGUCAAGUGAGUCGGCGGUAUUCAGGUGUCACUCGUAAAGAGAGCAGACAGCAUCAGGUUGGCGACCUUACAUUUCAUGGUGGCCGUAGGCAAGUCCUGAAGGAGACCCUGCCAUUCUCAGCUUUUCUUACGGAUUCUUUUGGACGGAGGCAUAAUUACCUUCGCAUUUCUCUCACUGAGAGAUGUAAUUUUCGCUGUCAGUACUGUAUGCCUGAGGAAGGGGUAAAACUCACUCCUCGUUCUCAGCUUUUAACAACAGAGGAACUGCUUACAUUAGCUCGACUUUUUGUACUAGAGGGGGUAAACAAGAUACGCCUGACUGGAGGAGAACCCCUUAUUCGGAAAGACAUUCUGCAUAUUAUAGCGGAACUGAGAAAGCUGGAGGGUCUGAAGACCAUUGCAGUCACCACUAAUGGCACGACUUUGACCCGACAGCUGCCUGGUCUUAAGAAGGCUGGAUUGGAUCUACUGAACAUCAGCAUGGACUCACUAGUGCCUGCCAAAUUUGAGUUCAUUACUAGACGUAAAGGGUUUCAUAAAGUGAUGGAAGGCAUUGAGAAGGCUAUUGAAAUGGGCUACAAUCCAGUCAAGGUGAACUGUGUGGUCAUGAGAGGUCUGAAUGAAGAUGAGUUACUGGACUUUGUGCUCCUAACAGAGAAGAAACCUUUGGAUGUGAGAUUCAUUGAAUACAUGCCUUUUGAUGGUAACAGAUGGAACUUUAAGAAGAUGGUGAGUUAUCAGGAGAUGUUGGACUGCAUAAAGCAGAAAUGGCCCAAUCUGGAGCAGGUUCCUGGAGAAGAAACGAACACAGCCAAGGCGUUUAGAGUACCAGGAUUUCAGGGGCAGCUGGGGUUCAUUACCUCCAUGUCAGACCAUUUCUGUGGUACCUGCAAUCGUCUGCGCAUCACGGCUGACGGCAAUUUAAAGGUGUGUUUGUUUGGGAAUUCAGAGGUAUCCUUGAGGGAUCGUCUGCGUUCUGGAGCAUCCGAAGAGGAACUUCUGCAUGUCAUAGGGGCAGCAGUGGGGAGAAAGAAAAAGCAACAUGCAGGGAUGUUGAAUUUAUCUCAGAUGAAGAACAGACCAAUGAUCCUCAUUGGUAAAAGCAACUGGCUUCUGCAAGCGUUUAGAGGCAAUCCAAGGCAGACUGCACCUCUAAUCCACCACAUUGAUUCAGAAGCCUCAGCUAAAACUCGGUCUUUAGGAAAUAGAGCAUUAUGUAAUUCCAAACGCAGUGGCUCAGUUCCGCACAGCGUAAGACAGUUUCACCGGGAAACCUAUAAAUGUGGUUCUGAUUCGAAGGAACCAUUUUCAGGAUCACAGAUCUCCAGCCUUGAUGGAACCUCCGAUCGGCUGACUCACACAGACACACAGGGUAAAGCCUCCAUGGUCAAUGUCGGCAGUAAAGCAGUAACGUGUCGCACAGCCACAGCUUGUGGAAAGGUCAUCCUGGGCCCAAAAGCUUUUAAUCUGGUACGUGCCAACCAACUUGCCAAGGGUGAUGCCCUUGCAGUCGCACAGCUUGCUGGCAUCAUGGGUGCAAAACAGACUUCAUCUCUCAUUCCACUUUGCCAUGCGCUUCCUCUUGACCACACCUCCGUUACCAUAGAGUUGGUGGAGACGAGACACACCGCCGUUGUCAAGGCAACCUGCCAAACCACGGGCCGUACAGGAGUGGAGAUGGAGGCUUUGACAGCUGUUACUGUGGCCACACUGGCGCUGUAUGACAUGUGCAAGUCUGUCAGUCGUGACAUCGUUAUAACUGACAUUAAACUGCUCAGCAAGACGGGUGGGCAAGGAGGCGACUUUCAAGCUUCUUGACAUACCCUGUGUUUGACAGUAUAUAAAGGAAUAUUGUCAUUGUCUCUCCAGAGUGAUUUCCUACAAUAUUACAAAGUGUGCUUUUGGAUGCCUUUAACUUGUUAUUGCCUAUUUACUUAUAAAAAGUGACCAACCUAAACUUUUCCUGAAUAAUUUAUUAGCAUUGAUGUAAUUUAAAUGAUGUCAAAUCAUUUAUAAUCUAGAAUAAACAUUUCAUUGGGUUCCCA